AUGGUCCAAAGAAAUUUUCCGAUUUGUACAGAUGCAGCCGGCAGAGAUUCUUUCCGGUGAUGCGGACCUUCCAAUGAAGGUGAUGCAGGAAGAGGAUCGAAAUGGCCUGGUGCUGAGGAAUUUUGCCAGCGAGGCAGUUAUGGCCUGGGCCAAAGAGUUCUGUGCCCUAGGUGAACCCGUGGCAGAUCAGCUCUGCUACUACGAGGGCUACAAAGCCCAGGCUGGUGAGACCUUUGAGCAGCAGCUCAAGCGGCAGCUGGUGGAGGACAUGAAGGAGUGCGGCCAGGCAUUGGCGGAUGACAAGGUCGUGAAGCAAGGCACCGAGAUGGCGCGCGGAAGCCCUGCGGCCGUCGAGCAGCUGCUGGAGCUGCUGACGCGUUUGAUGCGGCUGCACCAGCAGUGCUGCGGGGAGGAGGACUUGCGAUGGAAGGUGAAGAUCCAGAUCAACCAGAACGGGGCCUGCACCAAGUUCCAUGAUGACUUGGUGGAGGUUCGUUUGGCCAUGGCACUGACUGGUGAUGGCACGGUGCUGGCGGACAAUCGUCAGGUGGAUUGGGACUUCUACAAGAGUUGCGAGGGAGUGAUCCCUGCGCUGCAACAGAAGCCAGAUGCCAGCGCCCAGGAGGCAUCUGUCAUGGUCGAGGAAUGGAAUCAGCGCCUUUGUAAGGAGGAGUUCGUGCUGAAUGCGGGUGAUGUGGCUGUAAUGAAGGGCGGAAAGCUCACGGAUCAUCCCUGCUUACAUCGCGCCCCCUACUCCGCGGGCGAAGAUACGGAGCCCGUGCGGCUGCUGAUCAAUGUGGAUCGUAUCCCCCAGGACGAGCUGCAGCAGUUCAUUGAUAUGGACUUUGGAGAAGGUGAGGAAGAGGAGGAGGUUCAGGAGGCCUCUGAGGCUCCUGCAGAGAAGGAGACUCCGGACUCAUCGCUGCUGCCAGUCACGGUGCUGAGUGGUUUUUUGGGCGCAGGGAAGACCACGCUGCUGACGCACGUGUUGCAGAACCAGGAGGGUCUGCGGGUAGCAGUGGUGGUGAACGACAUGGCGGAGGUGAACAUCGAUGGGAUGCUGGUGAAGGGCACCAAGAUUCUGCAGGGCCAGGAUAAGAUGGUGGAGAUGCAAAACGGAUGCAUUUGCUGCACCUUGCGGGAAGACCUCAUUGAAAACGUCACCAAGUUGGCCGAGGAGAAGCGUUUCGACUAUUUGCUGAUCGAAAGCACGGGCAUCUCAGAGCCUAUGCCGGUGGCCACCACCUUUGUGCACGAACAUGAUGGCAGAAAGCUGUUGGGCAGCGUGGCCAGGUUGGAUACCUUAGUGACGGUGGUGGAUGCGGUGAACUUUCUGAAAGAUUACCAGAAAACCGAUACCCUCCAGGAUCGACAGCUGGGAGCUGAGAAGACGGACCGGAGAACCAUUGCCCAACUCCUGGCGGAUCAGGUGGAAUGCGCCAACCUCAUCCUGUUGAACAAGGUGGAUUUGGUGUCCGAGUCUGAUGCCAAGCACCUGGAGGGUGUUCUGAAGAAGUUGAACCCCAAGGCCAAGGUCAUCCGAUCCACCUACAGCAAGGUCGACCUGAAACAGCUGCUGAACACCAAGAGCUUCGACAUCGAGGAGGCGGAGCAAAUGCCUGGCUGGUACCAGGAGUUGCAGGGGAACCACGUGCCGGAAACUGAGGAGUAUGGCAUCAGCAGCCUGGUUUAUCGGGAGAAGAGGCCCUUCCACCCUACCAGGUUGGACAAGUUGCUGAACAACGGCCUGGACGGCAUCCUGCGCUCCAAGGGCAUCCUCUACGUGGCCGGGGUGGACCGGGCCCUGGUGUGGCACCAGGCAGGUGCUGUGCUCAGCAUCGAUCAGGGCGCACCCUGGCAGCAUGACGUAGAGGAACUGGAGCCGAGGCAGGAGGUGGUUUUCAUUGGCCAGGACCUAGAGAAGAACAGUUUGAAGCAACGCCUGGAAAAGGCCUUGCUGACAGAGGAGGAGAUGCAGCUGGGCCCAGUAGAGUGGGCCAAGUGGCCCAAUACCUUCAGGCCACGAAGCGGCAAGGAUCGACGGAAACGCCUGGCGAAAGCGGCGAGAGUUGUACAGAAUAAGAUGAAGAAACAGAAAACAGCUACCGAAGCUGCUGCAUGAUGUUUACUUACACAUGUUGACUAUAUUUGACUUCUACUGAGAAGUUGGAGGGGUGGGAGUUCAGGUUGCAGGACACUUACCCUGCAACAUGUGUAGCUCGGUCUGCUUUAUACCGAAUUUGCGCAGUGCCAAUGCCCGCAAGGCGCAAGGUCGGAUCCACUUCUUGUGAAGUGUUUAGGGGUGUCUUACAGUUUCACCAUAUUUAGCUCAUUUUAAUCUUGCGACGGAUAAGCCGGGAACACUCCGCCAGUAGCGAUGUGCCGCGCCGAAGCAAAAGGCCAUGAGCCCAG